UCUGAAGUCCUGUCCGAGCUGCACGGGCCCGGUGAGGAAGAGGAGGAGGAGGGGGUGCGGGGGGGCGGGGUGCGCGUGCUCGUGGGCUGCGUGCUCGUGCUCCUCAUCGUGUCCACGCUGCUCGGGAACACGCUCGUGUGCGCGGCCGUGGUGAAGUUCCGCCACCUGCGCUCCAAGGUCACCAACUUCUUCGUGAUCUCAUUGGCUGUCUCCGACCUGUGCGUGGGCGUGCUCGUGAUGCCGUGGGAGGCCAUCACCGAGGUCACGGGCACGUGGCUGUUCGGACGCUUCUGUGGCGUGUGGAUCGCCUUCGACAUCAUGUGCUCCACCGCCUCCAUCCUCAACCUGUGCAUCAUCAGCGUGGACCGCUACUGGGCCAUCGCCAGCCCCUUCCGGUACGAGCGGAAGAUGACCCACCGCGUGGCCUUCGUCAUGAUCGGGGUGGCGUGGACGCUGUCCAUCCUCAUCUCCUUCAUCCCCGUGCAGCUCAACUGGCACCGGGCGGGCGAGGACGGCGAGAUGGUGGAGGAGGAGCUGGUGGCGGUGAUGGCCGCCGCGACCAACAGCAGCAACGCCAGCGCCAAGGCCAAGAGCUGCGUGGCCAACCUGAACAGAACCUACGCCAUCUCCUCCUCCUUCAUCAGCUUCUACAUCCCCGUGGUGAUCAUGAUCGCCACCUACACCCGCAUCUACCGGAUCGCUCAGACCCAGAUCCGCCGCAUCAUGUCCCUGGAGCGGGCGGCGGAGCAGGCCCAGCACCAGGGCCACAGCCUGGACCCGCGGCAGCAGCACCGGCCCGGCGAAGAGGCCUCGCUCAAGUCAUCGUUCAAGAAGGAAACCAAAGUCCUGAAGACGCUCUCCAUCAUCAUGGGCGUGUUCGUCUUCUGCUGGCUGCCGUUCUUCGUCCUCAACUGCACCGUCCCCUUCUGUGACCCGCCCUGCGUCAGCGACACCACCUUCACCGUCUUCGUCUGGUUCGGCUGGGCCAACUCCUCCCUCAACCCCGUCAUCUACGCCUUCAACGCCGACUUCCGCCGAGCCUUCGCCACCAUCCUCGGCUGCAACAGGAUCUGUUCCAACAACGCGGUGGAGGCCGUGAACUUCAGUAACGAGCUCGUUUCCUAUCAGCACGACACAACGCUCCACAAGGAGGCGCUGGUCCCGGCGCAGCUGCAGCAGCGUCCGUGCAGCAUCCACGCCGGAUGCGACCACCUGGAGGACGCCAGCGCACAGUUUGACGAGGAGUCGCUGGCGUCCCCCGGCUCUCGGAGCCACAACAGACUCCUGCUGCUUCCUGCUGCCGUCCAGCUGGAGGAGGAGCCGGAGAUCUGCCUGGAGACCAUCACGCCGUUCACCCCGGUGGCCGGGCAGGAGAGUGACGCUCUGAUACCGGGACAGGUGCAGCAGGACGGAUAG